CUCCGGACUCUCCCCGCUCCAUAAUUUCCCGAUAAACAAACAAAGCUUUGGCUAUCAGAACUCUCCGGUUGUUAAUUCCUCUCCAAUCAAACAGUGGUUUUGAUAACUGUCUUUGCCCCUGAAUUUAUCCAUUUGCCUCGUUCUUAGAAAAAAGAUGAUGAGAAGAGAACAGGAAAGCCAUCGACAUCAGGAUCAGCAAUCCAGGGUAUUCUACGAGCUGUCGGCUUUGGUUAUGAAUCUUCUACGGUCGCCGCCGGUUCCUUUCACCGAUCAAUCUUCAGUGUCGGAGAGGAGGUCUAAUCCCCUAGAUGUAUCGACGAUAUCUCCGGCGGGAUUCGCUUGGCUGAUGCUAGGGAUAUCGGUUUCGAUGAUGCUAGGUGGAUCGGUCACUUUCUUUAUAGGGUUCAUGUUGAUUCCUUGGGUUAUUGGUUUAUUAAUGGUGUGUUACGUUGCUGGGAUUGUUUCCGCUAUUGCCCUGUUGGGUCGUUCUAUUCUUUGUUAUGCCUUGGCCCCUCCUUCGCCUCGAAAACAUAUUCCUGCAUGGUAGAUUUUUGUGAAGAGGAAAGGUGGAUUUGGCGAAGCAGUUGGGGAUGCCUUUGAUAGAUUGAGAAUCGAGCAGAGCAUUUGGAUUGUUGCGAGUGAUGCCACGUAGAGGGGAAAAUGAAUUCACCAGGUUUCUUCGGGUGCCAAUACAGGGAAAUGUAGAUGACUCUUUGCUUGGGAUGUUAGCUGAACUAUGUGAAUAUUGUUUUUCUGAAAUAGUGACUUGGUAAAGUAUUUUUCACCGUAUCCAUGUGUAUUGCAUUCUUAUUUACCGGG